GCGGUGAGAUACCAUAAUCACACAGUCAAGCUGCCGCCCAGCACGGUGCGACGGGAAAGAGUACUUCUAAAUGUAGCGGCCGGCGGCCGCACCAAUCAGAGCACCUGCACAAAACACAGUCUCGCAAAACAGAGAAUACUUUGAACGUUGCAGAUGGUGCAAUGCGCGAUGCUGGCCGGCCCGGUGCUGCUGGUGUUGCUGCCGCUCGCCGUGGCUAUGGCCGGCGGCCCGACGUCGCGCCUGCUCUCCCUAGAGGGCGCCGUGAGCCAGCUCCUCAACGCCACACUGGUCCGCGUCUCGCUAAAUACCCGCCUUGGCUCGGUCCGAACUGCGACUGACGACUACGACAGGCUGAAGCAGUGCUUUAAAGACCAAAGUUGCACCUCCCUGACCUGCGAUGACGAGUGCCCCUCCAGCCUCGGUCCGGAUUGCAGAGACAAGUGCCGGCUCAACUGCGCGUGCGCCUGUGACGGCCGGCCCGGCAGCAGCGUGGACUUCGUCGACGCGGUCGACAAGUGCAUCGCGGGGAGGGCGUGCUCGACCCGGUACAGCGCGUGCAAUGCCGGCUGCAUCGACGACGAUUCCGAUUGCCUCUUCUCGUGCUACUUGGAGGAGCUCGAGUGCGUGUGCGAGUGCAACAGCCUGCCCAGUACUACGGUGACCGCGCCGCCCACGACGCUCAACACAAUGCCCAGGACGUCCGCGACGCCCGUGACGCCCGCGACGCCCGCGACGCCCGUGACGUCCGAGACGCCCGCGACGCCCGUGACGUCCGAGACGCCCGAGACGCCCGCGACGCCCGCGACUCCCGCGACGCCCGCGAAGCCCGGAACGUCCACGACGCCCAAGAGCACAAUCCGUAUUCCCACCUGUAUUCCCCCCUUCUGGCCCAACGCUUCCCCACCUUUGCGCCCCGCCUUGGUGGUCAACCUCGCGCUGGCGGCACUGAGCAUAGUUUUUGCGGCCAGCGUCUCCUGAUGCAAACAUCAAAAGAUGACUCGCAAGUGACUCGCAUUUUUUUUUUUUGCGUUUUGAAAGUUGUACGUUAUACAUGCAUUAAUAUCGCUUAAA